GCGCUGGACCGCCGCCCGCACGAUUUCAAAAGCUUAUCAUGUUGGUGAUUUUAUCAAGUGCUUGAGCAUUUAUCAUCGCACCUAACCUCGAUGUACGAGACUAAGGCGAUUGCAAGUGACGUGAUUGCGAUUAAUACAAUUGGAUAAAAUUUGGGGUUAAGUGUUUGGGCUGUUGUAUGUUUUUUUUUUUAUUAGUUUUCACAACCUGACCCGACGCUCGGCCGAAGUCUCCCCGCCCGGCUGUCGCUCCACCUCUCGAUAAAAAUCAUCACGCCCACGAGUUAUUUGACUUUGAAAAUCGUCUUUUUGGGGGGUCAGGUAUGGACUAGGCGAUGGAAUAGUGAUUGUUAUUUUUGUUUUUUUUGGUAACAGUGGGAUGCAUUUAGCGGACCGAUGCCGGGGACGAGUGACAAAUCAAUUCUGUGAGUAUCGCGGAAUGAGUGGCUGGACAUUGAUUGACGUUGGAGGGACAUUGAUAAUGUAGGGAAUUUUGGGCUGUCCCUGAUCGCCGAUAAUUCGAGUGUCAGUGUCGCUUUUCGCGAUUUCAUGGAUUUUUCCACCCUUUUUUUCUCUUCGUUGGAGAGGAACAAGUUUGAGUGCUAGUGAGUGAUUAAACGGUUUAUCCUGUGAUUUGGUUGGAAUUAUCGGUGUGGAGAGGUGAUUGUAGGAGCUAGUAAAGUGGUUGCUGGACCCCGAGGGGGUGAGGAUUUUUUUGAGGGGGUUUUGGGCCUGGUGAUCAUUGCUGAGGGGCGAUUUUUGAGGGACUGAGGGAGACAGAUGACUCGAAGGAAACAGCACGCACCGCAACGCAUGAAAUGUAAGUAGUGGUCUCCAAUCGUUCAAAAAGCAAGCGGCCGACUCGCCGCGCCGGACGGAAGAUAUGCGCAGCAAGCAACAACCCAGGCCCUCCUUCCGGUGGCCGCAGCAACGCGGCGAUAACGUUACCGGGGAGGACGGCGUCGAAGGUACAGGUCCCGGAACAGAACUCCAGGCUGAGGAGGGUGACUGCGUGGAUGAAGAUGGACCAAGUAGUCCUAGUGAAAGAGGCUGUCCACCAGUUGCCAAGGAUGAUGACGAAGUCGAUGGAACUGAUGACGAUGAUUCUGAACAGAGCCCAUCAACUCCACCACCAUCAGCGUCGAUGAGGUUAAAUCCUACUGCCCUGAGAGAUACAGGACCACCCGACAGGGAGCCAAUGAGUCCGCGUUGUCCUUCAAGGGAUUCACGGGAAUCAUCCGGUCCAGCAGCCGGAAGUCCCCCACCUCAGGCAACUCGCAGCAGCCCGAGUCCAAUUAGUCCGAGCAGCAUUGUGCCUGUACCCCUCGGUAGUCAUCCCCUACUGCCCUCCCACUCAGCUGCGGUUAUGGCAGCCUACAUCCAACAAACACACCAGAGAUUUCUUUUGGGUCACUCACCCCUAUCGGCCAGAGGAUCAGUGUCACCACUGGUGUCAUCAUCCUGUUCACCACCCGCCGCGACCCCCGGUAUCCUCGUAUCCCCCGCGAGUACUGGAGAAAUCUCACCGACCGCAACACCCCUACCUGUAGUCUUGGACUUUAGUACGCGGAAGGCAUCAUCCGCUGAUGAAGACGAUGACGAGCAAAUUCUAAACCUCAGCAAACCUCCAACCCCUUCAUCUUCGAAUGAAACAAAUAACGGACCGCUGGACCUUUCAGUGUCGAGUAGAAAGCGACCCUCUCGCGAGGAUGAGUCCCCUCCGCCACCACCGAGAAAAUCCUCUCGCCUAGGAUCAAUUGCCCCGCCCCAUCAGGAUUCGCCGGCUAAUGCUUUUGGGCGACCACCCGUUGUAUCACCGUGGAGUUCUCCAGUUGUCGCUUCGCACCUACCGUAUUUCGCUGCAGCUGUUGCAGCGGCUACUAGUCAACAACAAUUAUCACCGAAGAGCACACCCAGUGUAGAUGCCCAUCAAUUAUGGAAUGGCAAAAUGAAACCACCUGUGAUGGACAAAUCCUAUCAACCCAGUGAAGCGACCAAAGCACUUGAGAAGAUGAGUGAACUCAGCAAACUCGGUGGUGAUGAGCUCUACAGGUCGUCAUCAGGUGGCUCGGGUGGUAACUCCAGCGGUAACAAUCCAAGUGGAGCAUCGGGAAGUCGACACAGUGCGUGGCAGUCUCACUGGCUCAACAAAGGCGCCGAUCAAGCGAAGGAUGUACUUAAAUGCGUAUGGUGCAAACAAAGUUUCCCAACGUUGGCUGCUAUGACGACGCACAUGAAAGAGGCGAAACACUGUGGUGUUAAUAUGCCUGUUAAUAUGCCACCUUCGGGAUUACAGCCACCCUCGAUAUCGUCAAUCCCUCAGCAGCAGCAGCAGCCCUCCCAUCAACCACCUCAAUCCCAGGGAGGUAAUGCGACACCAAGUAGUAAACAAAGUCCAUCUGAAUUGAACCUUCUCAUCAAGGAAACGAUGCCUCUCCCUCGGAAAUUAGUACGUGGACAGGAUGUAUGGUUGGGUAAGGGUGCUGAACAAACAAGGCAGAUACUCAAGUGUAUGUGGUGUGGUCAAAGCUUCCGAUCACUCGCUGAAAUGACGUCUCACAUGCAGCAGACACAGCAUUAUACUAACAUCAUAUCUCAGGAGCAAAUCAUCUCCUGGAAAUCGUCAGACGAUAGUAAAGGUGGAAGUGGUGGUGGCUCUGCGGGAAUUGGGUCUACAGGUGGAGCUACAGGUGGUCCAGGAUUACCUCCAGGAGCUGGAGGCGGCCCACAUGGAGGCAACACCAGUGGUCCCCCUGGUGGGGCCACCAGUAGUCACGUGAGCGCUGUUCUAACUUGCAAAGUUUGUGAUCAGGCCUUCAGUUCAUUGAAGGAACUCAGUAAUCACAUGGUAAAGAACUCUCACUAUAAGGAGCACAUUAUGCGCUCAAUAACUGAGAGCGGAGGGCGACGAAGGCAGACUCGAGAAAAGAGAAAGAAAUCCUUGCCGGUGCGAAAACUUCUAGAGCUUGAGCGAGCACAGAAUGAAUUCAAGAAUGGUGAUUCUGUGGCGGGACUUGCUCACAGUCUUGGCAAACACGCUGGUAGAAUAACGUGUGAAAAAUGUGGUGAUAAAAUAGAAACCACGGUAUUUGUUGAGCAUAUACGCCAGUGCAUAGGAUCGGGAGCAGUGGGUGUUAAUCAACGAAAUUUUCUUAAGAAUGCGUUGAUGUCAAAUCAUAUGACUCAAGUCCUCACUGAGAGCGGUCGAAAGAGCGUAAAUGAGGAGACAUCAUCGGUAUCCUCGAGGCAUCAUCGAUCACCGUCUUCAGCGAGUGAUGCGACAACACCGGGUAAAGAAGCUCCAACCGCUAGUGUCAAUGAAACAACAAACACUACUUCCUCACCUUCUGUACUCAAUGCGAUUGAAAAACUCAUUGAGAAGAGUUUUGACUCACGAGUGAGACACGGAACCCCUGGAUUACAUCAAGCCCAGCCGGGAGCACCGAUAGGCUCAAGUAUUCUCAAGCGUUUGGGCAUCGAUGAGAGUGUAGAUUACACAAAACCUCUCGUUGAUCCGCAAACGAUGAAUUUACUACGAAAUUAUCAGCAGCAGCACUACAACUCAGCGAAUGCUGCGAGGCGGGAGCGAAGUGGGAGUGAAUCGAGUUCGAUAUCGGAGAGAGGUAGUAAUCGGACAGAUACACUGACACCGGAAAGACGUAUGGACCUAUCCAUGAGUCAUGAUAGAUUAUCGACAUCGUCGCAUCGUCAACGAUCGACACCCGAUAAGCAGAGUACAACACCUAGUCGUCACUCACUCCCUGAAGAAUCCGGUGAUGAAGAGUCUGUUGUCGUCAAGAAGGAGCCACACGAUGAUGAUGGUGAGCAGUCAAUAACCAACGAGGACGAUCCUCAAGCCCCUCGAGACGUGGUGGUGAAGAAAGAGCUAGUAGACGAUACCAGGGAGGAUGAAGCAACAUCACCCUCUUACAAUUGCCACUCUCGAAUCCAUGAGGGCACUGAUGAGGCUAGGGAAGUGGCAUCACCCCAGGUGAAUCCUUCGACCCCAAGACCACCGAGCCAGCACGAUCAAACACCGGUACCACCAUCAAGAAGUCCCUGCCGAAAUAGCACGAGUAGUCCAGCCAGUAGUGAUCGUUCUGUAACUCCUCGAGGUACCCCGGACACUAAAGCAUCCAGCAGCCUUGGCGCCCUCUCCUCGAUGUUCGAUAGCCUCUCAGGAGGUGGCACAGGUCCUAACGCCAAUUCCGACUCCCAAAGUCGCAAGACUAGUAGCCAUCCCCUGGCAGCUCUGCAAAAACUCUGUGACAAGACUGAAACCCGAGUACCCAGUGGAUCUGGAAGCUCAAGAUCGGCAGGGAGCAGUGGUCAAAAUAUUACCACUAGUGGUAGUGCGAGCUCCGGGGGUUCUGGCCAAAGUGGUGGUCCAACACCAGGUGCCAUUCUAGCCUUCAGUUGGGCGUGCAACGAUGCCGUUGUCACUGCUGACUCGAUCAUGAAGUGUGCGUUCUGCGAUACACCUUUCAUAUCGAAAGGUGCCUACAGGCAUCAUCUGUCGAAGAUGCAUUUUGUUAAAGACGGCGUCAUUCCGGAUCCCCUGACAAUCGGUAGAUCAGCUGCAGCAGCAGCGGCUGCUGCAGCCGCUGCUGCGGUUGCUGCUCAAUCAUCGUCCGGGGCAAGUCACAGCGCUGCAUCACCACCGAGCUCACAGCAUAAUAAGUCACCACCUAUACAACAGGUAAAUGGCAGCCCAUCUCAACCCUCGGCCUCCCCUCUCGAGGAGAGCCCUCACUCAAAGUUUCUCAAGUAUACGGAGCUAGCGAAACAAUUGUCUAGCAAAUACGUAUAGUCUGAGUGCCGCAAGUAGCGGCGCAGUUUGUACAUAAAUUGUAUCUAUAGUGUAAACCCGACUGCGUAUGAGGAUGGAAAGUAGUCGAAUAGAUAGAUCUUCCCCUCACACAUCUUUCUCCUUUAUUCCUACCUCCCCCAUCUCCCUCCUCCGUUUAAUCAUUGUCGCGUCAAGGUGUCGAUGAUCGAAAGAUUGAUUCGAUUGAUACGUCACGUUGAAUGGUUUCAUUGUUAUUUACAACGGGAGUAUUAGACAGCCAAUUACGCAGCGAAAUAGAAGAACAUUAUGACAUUUGAGGCUCUCAAUCAUUAGCAUAAUAGAAAAUUGAUGUGAAGGAAUCGUUUCCAAUCCGAGCAUUAGUAGAAAUAAUGAUAUUUGAUAGUUUUCUUACUUAUUUUGUUUGGAAACGUCCAUUCCAUUGACAAAUUAAUCCAGACUAAUGGCAUUUCUACGAAAUCCCUGAUUCCUUCACAUGAAUUUAUGACACUUGAUUCACUCUUUCGAUUGUCUCCGGCGCAUGACGUGACGCGUCUUGUCAUUCCUUGGUCGAGUUCAAACACAAUUAGCGUGUAUUGGCUCAACUAGUAUAAUUGUAGAGUGGAGAGAAUUUUAGUUUGCCCGGUUCGGUGAGAAAUACAGUUGGAGAGAGAACUGGCUAGAGUGGCUGUUUUGCGCUCAUCUUUUCUUUGUAUUCUCAUUUAGUGAGUUGUUUACAUAUUAUUUCAUUUUCUCUAUCCUCGUUGGGAUAUCUGAGGGGUUUGGGGCUAGCAGGAUGUGUAUGAAUUGAACGACUGAUUUGGUGAAUUAUUUACUUUUUAUAGCAAUAUCAUUUGGUAAAUGCAUUAAGCCCUUGGUUUAGAUAUUUCAUCUGAAUGGAUUUGGAAAUGUGAUAAGUUAGCUUUUAACUGAUAACCCAGCAGUUAGAAAAAAAAGUAACGAAAUUUUUAAAUUUCGAUAAUAACUCAGUGAACUUCCAAAUUUGCAUGUAGACAGACGAGAGUUGCUUCAAAUAACUUGAAUUUUUUAAAACUUGUUUUGUUCGUACUGAAAUUCUAUCACUUGUCAGCUGCUAGUUUCCAUUCAUUUUCAUUGAUAAAAUCUUUUGAAAUUUCGGCAAAACUGCGAACAAGUAAAACUUUCCUAAAAUUAUGCAAUGAAUUUUACCCAAAAUUUGUACCAGUGUCCUCCAUCUAUUAAAUCCAUCUGAUGAACUCAUCCACAUAGCGGAAAACCCCUUCAUCAUUGAAUUUCUUAAAGUGUCAUCAUGAAGACGGUAGUUCAGUCUCUUUAAUAUAACGAAAUAUACCUAAUUGCAUUUGAGCACGAAUUCAAGUUCCUUGUCACUUCGAGUACCCGUCUACCCACUAAAACCUACACGAAGAGAAAAGUUGGCUCAAUAUUACCUAGCAAAUCGUGGCAAAUUAUACUGUACGAGAGAUUGUCAUCGAAUUUCUAUCAGACGCGUUCAGUAAAAAAUUAUUUUCUCAAUAAGAAACUUAAAUGAAAUAUAGAGCAAUCAUUUGCGAUCACUGGGAUAAUUGUUUGAGGAAUCAAAAAUUUUUUUCCCCGAUAUACGAUGAAGUAUUGAAAAUUGGCUGUGUCACCCGAUUGCUCGAUUUGCUCUGUAAUCUUUCAUCAACUUUUUUCCUUGCGUACCAAUCACAGUUUAAACUAAUGAUUUUUACAGAGGAUGGGAAGAUAAACUUGAGAAAAUCCACAUUUUUGCUAAACGCGGGUUACAAAAUUAAUAGCUGAGGGAAGACAGAAUGAGACAAUGUAGAGAAAAGAUAAUUGUGUGCAUGUGCGCAUGUCCGUAAUCGACGAGUUGGAAGUGCGUUAAUUAAUUGUGAUGCCACCAUAUCUCGCGGCAACUGUGACGAGACCACAUGCUCAUGUGACUCCGGCACGCGGCCAACGUUUGUGAUGUUUAUAAUAAAAGAAUACUUAAGCAAUUUAACUUUGACCGGAGAGAAAAAAUAUCGAGGAAAAAAAAAUAUUAAAUAAAAAAAAUUCACUCACGCAACAAAGUUGAAAAUUAAGAAUAGCGACUGUGACAAAGAGAUGGUUAUGUCGACCGUGAAUAGAUGAUGCUUUUUAACACACCUGUCGUAACGGUCGAACGUAUGUAUACCACCUUAGAGUAAGGUAGAUUAUUAGGAAUAGAUUAAAAAUUAGCGCUCACCCUUUGUACAGAAUCUCUUUAUUGAUGUGUGAGAUUAUGUUGGAGUCGAUACAAAUGUCCAAAUUAUUACAGCAACAUUUUCCUCCAUCGAGAGACUGCUUUUUCCAAUGAAUGAGUGACUCGAUGAUUUCAUUAGUUCUAAAUUAGUGAUUGGGGUAGAUGAAAAAAUCGAAAUGAGCCCUAUGUUCAUAUUCCAGGCGAGAAAUUCCAAUUUGCCAAAUCAGUCUCAUUCGAUUUAAUUUUAUUAUAGAUCUUGUCAUGACUUCAGGAAUCAGUAGCCCCUCGCUUUUCCAAACUGAAAAUACGAGAAAUGAUUUACAUUUCCGUCAGCUCUGACACAAUCUCACCAGAAAUAAUAUACGAAACCGCAAAAAGUACCACAAAAGAAAUAUUUAAAAAAAGGGGGAGAGGAAUGAGAAUGACGAGAAAAGAUGAGUGCGCCACACACGCGGUGCAAUAAACCGAUUUUCAUAAUCUUAGAUAUUGAAUACCGUUAAUUUAAUUCACGGUCUCAUAAUUUUUUUUUUCACUUCAUUGGGUAUUUAAGGCGAGAAUAAUGAUAUGCGUGAGAUACUUUAGAUAAUGUCGUAAUAGAUGAUUUGUAAAUUUUAUUUGUUUUUUUAAAUAUAUUUAUUGCGCCAGGUCGAGCCAAUGCGUGUCAUUACGUGUAAAAUAUUGUCAUUAAUUAUCAUUCGAAUUAUGGCGGAAAAAAUAAAACAAAAUACUGUGUAUAUUGAAUUGAAAUUAUUAUACAUAUAAAUCAAUGAAAAGAUGACGAAAAGUGAUAUUUGCGUGAAUAAAAGGGCGGCCGUGAGUGAAUGAUUUCAGAUAAUUAGGUUGGGUGAUUCAUGUAGAGAGCAAUGCUAUUUGUAGUAAAAAAAAAAAACAAAAUAUUAAAUUUAAAAAAUUGAUGGAAUGAAUGAGGAGAGAGUGUGAUCGAAUCAGCGGAGUAGCGAGAAUAUUGUAAAACUUCGUUGAUACGAUUAAACAAAAAUCUAGAUGAAAUAAAUAAAAAUAAAGGAAAUAAUAAGAAAAAAACACUUGUAUACGUAUUCCUUGUAACUCUAAUUCUUUCAUCGCGGACUUUUAAAGUAUUUAUCAACAUAAUAAAAAUAAUAAUAAUAUUGUGUGUGAUGAUCGAAGAUUAAUCCCACGUGGUACUGAGCGAUUAUAAAAUGAAAAAACGCGAGAUUUGACGAUUCAUCCACAUUGAUAAAGUAAAAAUGAAGGUAAAAAAAAUUGAUGGAAAAAUGCAAAAAAAAUAUUUAAAAAUUCACAACAGAUUGAAAUAUCGUGCGCUCUCAGAAAACAAAACUUACAAGAAAAUUAAAAUUAUAACCUCGUAAACGAGAAAGAAAAAAAUCCACAAAGAUAUGCAUCAUGUAUACGCGAAAAAAAAACUCUUGAAACCCUUUUACGAGAUUUGUCAUUAUUUAAUUAUUUCGGUUGUAUUUUAAAAUGCAAUUAAAGCUCAAAUAAAUAUAUAUGUUAUAAACUAUA